AUGUCCAAGUUUGUCACGGAGGCUUCAUUGGAAGCUGCAAAGGCUGAACGAGUAAAACUCGGGCUGCCAGAGCCUACUGCUCCACAGAACUACGAUCCACGAACUCUAUACGAGCGAUUACAGGAACAAAAGACCAAAAAGGAUGAUGAGUUUCAGGAAAUGACUCGAUUCAGCAACCUGAUCAAAAGACUAGACGAGGACGAAGUGGACUUUUUACUACAAAGCAACAUCGAAAACAGCAACACCAAACGACAAAUACACGAUCAAGAUAAAGAAGAGUUAGAAAAGUUUAGACAGGAAGCUGGCUCUGGUCCAUUAGAAGAGACUAUACCCGUUGCUUCUGUAGUGCGAGAGAUUGCUUCGGUUGUUGGUAUACAGCCUAGUGCUAGCAGUACUGGAAGUGUGAAGGGACGAGUUAUACAGCAGCAUAAAAAGCAGUCGUUAGAAGGUGUUGUGAGGAAACGUAAGGGGAUAGAGACUGGUGAUGAGUCUGCGGACAAGAAGAGUGAAGAGCCAGCUGCAAAGAAGAAAGCAAUAGCGACUAGUGCUGCACAGAAGCCCCCAGUGGCAAAAGGAUUGAGUCUGUUGGGAGCUUAUGAUUCUGAUGAUGAAGACUCGUAG